UCCUGAUCGGGCGGUGUUUUCCUCCAAGAGCUGCCUACACCGGACUACAUAUACUAACCGUUUGUGUCUGUCUAGAUGGACAGUAACCAUGAGUUCGAACAUUUUCCACUGAAGGGAAAACAAAACAUAGAAACUUGGCAAAUAGAACUGCGCCUGCUGUGGGACGGACACGUUCAAAUCAUUCACACGGGUUGUGAAUUUCGAGUGAAGGACGAGUUUUCCGCGAAUGUGGUGUUUUACCCACAAGUCUAAAGAAGCCUGUAGUGUGUGAAUCUCUGCGGUUGGCUGCGCCAGAUUAAGCUUCAAUUGAUGUGAGAAGACGGAGAAAGUGAUACCUGGUAUUUUAUUUUUUUCGUUUUCGGCAAAAAAUAAAGUGAGCUGUGUUUGUGACGUUCUGCAUGAUGGGAAAAGUUUUCCCCGGCUUGGAAGACAGAGGAAAAUAUUUUAUCGUCAUUCCAUUGCAUGGCCGAUGAAGGCUAACGAAAGGAAAACGGUGAAGAAGUUGAUUGAUCGUUUCAGGGAGAUUUGAGUGGGGAAAAACUUGCGAGUGAUGCAUUAUAAUGUGAUUAGUGUGUUGAUUUUAACACUGGAGAUGUUGGAAGUUGGAGAAUUUCCAGGAAAUUUACCUUAAUCGGUAAAUGCAUACUACUCUUCUGUUCGCGAUCAUGGAUGCAUAAAUAUUGAAAUCUUAACUUGCCACACAAGUUCAAAGUUUACGACUUCAAACACAAACGGCGGCCUCCCUGCUGCCAGCACCAUCCUCUACCCUAUAGCAGUGCGUGUGCGGUGUAAGGAGGAAACAACAAGCAAUGACAAAAACAGGCACCAUUUAUCAAAUCGCCCAGAGAACGCUUUCCGGUACCAGAUCGGAAAAUAGUACUGGAAUCUUUGAAGCAAUACCAUUGGCCACCGUCGACUUCGCUGUUGUUGUUGUUGUUUUUUAGUGGUACGAGGAAUCCAAGCGAACGAUACAGGACAUGCGGAGGACGACGGCGACAUGAAUCAAAUUAGUCAUACUUUAGGAAUAGCUGUCUGUACUACAGAAGAUGCUGCAAGUGGGAAGCUAUUUCUGUGCCAUCGGUUCAUGGGACGCGGGAAUAAAUUGCACCGGUGAUAGAGUUUCAAAUAGUUCCUCCGAAAUGUGGUAGAAAGUGCAAUUCCGGAAGUCAAAGUGGCAAACUAUUUUCACAAGUCUACAGUGGAUCAUUGUCGAACAAACCCUCAGACGUAAAUAAUAUGUACUUUCUGGAAAGAAGAUUUGAAAAAGAGUGAAGCUAUAUAAUAUAUUGCGAAUCUGCUUCAAGUUCGACUUGAAAGCUUCAUCUUGAGUGAACACAGCAUCAACAAUUACAGUGAUUCUUCCGUAGCUCGUGAAACACGUAAAUUACUGCAGCACUUCUAGGUUUUAUCCUGUUUUCUCAUCGUCCAUCAUCAUUCUCGUUGCUGCUCAAGUAUCUAGUGGAAAAUAGGAAGCGAGCAGCAAGAAAGAGUGAGUGGACCAUUAAAACCGCACCCCAAACAGUAGUAACCAUGAAGUCGGCAAUCCUGUACCCUUACGGGCCACUCCGGGCUAAUGGGUGCUGUCGAAUGCUGCAUGCGAAACAUUUAGCACUGACGAGUGCCAUUUACACACUGAACAUCUCCAUCCUAGUUGUGCUGCUCUACUCAUGGCGAAUCAGCGUCAACGUGAAAAGGUACAGCGAUCUCGAGGACGUCUACUACGGUGUUCAGAUUGCUUACUUUGCCAUCAUCGGAACGCAGUGCUCAAUGGUUCUACUCAGCAUCGUGCUGAUAUUCGGAAUCUAUAAGGAGAACAUUGGUCUCGUGGUACCGUGGAUAAUCGGAUUCAUCACCUUCAUGGCGCUGGAAGCCGUAGCGAUGGUGUAUUCCAACGUGCUGCGAGAUCACGUGAAUAGGCAAUUCGAUUCCUUAUGCAAAGCAGAAGUGGCCUUUUUUGUAUCACGAGCAUUCAUCAACGCACUGGCAAUGUGGGCCGUCACACGCUUCUACAACCUGCUGCGGGCGGGAGUCACUUGGAAGGGACCGGAAGUGAUCGAACUAUGACACAACUCGAACGACACGGAGAAAACGCUGGCGUCUCUCCGUGACGAAACCCACCUGAUUGUGCGCAUCCGUGGCACCGAGGAUGACUGCGGCGGACGGUUCACCUCCACCGACGAAGACGACGACGACGACGAUGAAGGAGGCGUCGGCAUCGGCGACGAUGGGGAUGAUACUGAUGACAAUAUGAUUGAUGCCUCGGGCUUCAACAGCGGUCGGGGGAGAAGAACCCGGGGGCGAUCCAGACAGCUAUCUCGGGAAGGUGGUUCGGAUGAAGGAGACAAGAGUGCCGGAAGUGGCAGUGAUGAGGACGACUCGCUUCUCGUGGCGUACGAUAGCAAUUCCGUGGCAUCCGUUUGACAAUAUCGAAAGCUGGUGCAGAUGAUGGCGGAGUUCCAGCGGCAGGCGGACAGUGCCGUGUUGUUGUUUUUAAUUAUAUUUUGUAUUGAAGUUUAUGCGCAGAUUUUUAUAUUUUUCUAGACGACUAAUAAUAGGCACAAUAUAUUGUUAUAUUUCUGGAAGGAUAAAAAAACAGCAUCCUUGUAUAUAGCUUUCCGCAUGAAGAAUGAAAGCGAAUGUGAGCGAGAAAGCGAAAUAGUGUUUAAUGACAAAAAAAAUUAACACAAAAGAACCAUAUUUACUUAUAGGCUAGGUUGCACAAAAUGACACGGUGGCUCUGUAUUUAGAGCCACUACCAGUUACCAGCAAAUUCAAAAGAACGGAAACAAAGAACGCUGUUAAAGAACAUAUAUUAUAUAUAUACUAAGAGUAGAACAAACAAAAAACUAUAGGAGAAAAAGAGAAAUAAAUCAUGAAUGUGCUACCGUGAAAAAUAUCACACCAAA